UAAUAUUGCCGAUACGUUGCCGGCCUUAUUGGUUCGGUUCACGCCAACACUAAAACGUACAAAUGGCGGGCACGCAUUUUGCUUUUGGUUUAUUGGUUUGGUUUACGAUGAAACACAUCCAAGCAAAUGUGACCACUCCGGCAAUGAACUUAAGUUCCAUUGUAGACCAGAAACGUAAACAGGAUUUAGUUGACGAGGCAUUUUUGGAACAAAAAGAUGUUCUUUUAGACAUGCUAGAAACGAAGCUUAAAGAAGUUCGAGAUAAAAAGAAGAAAAAAUCUGAUAAAAAUUCAAAUAACCAUGUAGAUAGUAAAUGCGACGUACUGCCGAAAAAUGUAGAUCUGAUUUUAAAAACUAGUGGCAUCAGCGCUGUUGGAGACGCCGAGGUGAAGUUGAAAUUUGGAAAGACUGGAAAAGGCACUUUGAAUUUGGAUGCUAAUGGAAUUUCAAACGUGGGUCAAGCGAGAUUAAAGUUGGGACUUGAUGAAGGAGCCGUGCACAUACCUGGACUAGAGAAUUUAUUUGUUGGUCGCUCGAUACUUAACAUGUGUCGGAAACAAACCGAUAGCUUGAACGAAGAAAAAGAAAGUAACCUUACAAAUACCGAGACACAAGAUACUCGUAGAAGUGGCGUUGAAGUCAAAGUAAAUGUUACAAGCACUGUUACUAACACAACUGUAGCCAUGGAUAAUGUAACAACUGAAGCAACUGCGAACGAUAGUGUAGUAUCUAAUUCAACGGCUGCAGAUAAUGCAACCAUUAAUGUUAUACCGAAAUAAAUGAUUGGUAUUUUAUAAGUCAAUGUUGCCUCCGUUAUUGUAUAGCUAAGGUAAACUAUAAUUAAGAUGUGAUUCUUUGACUUUCAUAAAAUAAAGUAAUAUAAAAAGUGA